AUGGGUUCGGUAUUCUUACCUCAUUUAAGAACAGGAUGGCAUGUCGACCAAGCGAUUUUGUCGGAAGAUGAUCGGUUGGUAAUAGUGAGAUUUGGCCGAGAAGAAGAGAAGGAUUGUAUGAUAAUAGACGAGGUGCUAUUCCAGAUUUCCGAGAAGAUCAAGAACUUCGCCGUGAUUUACCUCUGCAACAUCGAUCGGGUGCCGGACUUCAACACAAUGUACGAACUAGAUAAUCCUGGGGAGCCGUUUACGAUAAUGUUCUUCUAUAGAAACAAGCACAUGAUGUGCGAUUUUGGCACAGGUAAUAAUAACAAAUUGAACUUCAUGAUUUCCGACAAGCAGGAAUUGAUAGAUAUCAUAGAGACGAUCUACAGAGGAGCAAAGAAGGGUAAGGGGUUGGUGAUCUCACCCACGGACUACAGUACAGUGAGGAAGCUCCGAUGA